UGCCAAAUACCGUGUGCAUCAUGCAUGAUUUUCUCUUUGGUUCCUAAAACCGGUGACCGUUUGUUUCAAGUGCCAUUGUAAUCAGUAUUCUAUUCGGUUUGUUAUCGCUCGCCUGCCUGCUGUUCUAGUGAUACGACGUAUACUAUAAUUAUGCAAACUUUCACGAAAUUACUGAUUCAAUAGCAGUCGAUUGAACUGCAGCAGUCGUGAGCGGAGCCAAUUUCAAUCCCUACAGUUGAAGUGAACCACCAAUUAGCUGUUUCUCGAGUGCCAUUGAGCCGCACAAUUUGAACUUAUUUUCUUAAUGAACCUGCAUGUGGAUGGGUCAUCUUUUCUAUAAUAAGUUUCAAUCGUAGAACCAUAGCCUGCGUCUACGGUAAUCCGGCGUAGCUAGCUUUUCUCAUUAAUCGGCAAAAACAUAUCUUCAAGAAAACAUGCAUCUUCGUUCGCUUCUCUCUGCAACCGGUAAACUUUCCUUCCGAACGGUCGCGCUUCGACAGUUUGCUUCCGGUCAUCGCGAAAUCCCUGCUUUGACGAAGGAACGCUAUCCGUCGGUAAAGCGCGGUCAAUUUUCGGAAGUGUCCGACCGAGAUGUAGCACAGUUUGAGUCGAUUCUUGGCGACAAUAGUCGAGUGUUGACCCAACCGGAGGAAAUUCAAGGCUACAAUAUUGACUACUUAGGAAGCGUUCGUGGUUUUAGUAGGGUGGUUUUGAAACCCAAAAGUACCGAUGAAGUCGCCGAUAUAUUGAAAUAUUGUAACGAGCGAAAGCUGGCUGUAUGUCCGCAAGGGGGAAAUACCGGAUUAGUCGGAGGAUCGGUUCCAGUUUUCGACGAGGUCGUCAUAUCAAUGCAGUUGAUGAACAAAAUUGAACAAAUUGAUAAGUAUUCAGGGAUCUUGGUGUGUCAAUCUGGUUGUGUUUUGGAAACUUUGGAGCAAAAAGCUGCUGAAAAUGGUCUGGUUAUGCCAUUGGAUCUUGGAGCUAAGGGUUCUUGCCACAUAGGAGGCAACGUUUCGACUAAUGCUGGCGGCUUAAGAUUAGUUCGAUAUGGAAAUCUUCACGGUUCGGUGCUUGGCGUCGAAGCGGUCACCGCUGAAGGUCGCAUCAUGGAUUUAAUGUCCAACUUCAAGAAGGACAACACCGGGUACCAUCUCAAGCACCUGUUCAUAGGCUCUGAGGGUACGCUAGGAGUAAUCACUCGGCUAAGCAUAUUUUGUCCUACAGCUUCUAAAUCGGUGAAUGUUGCAUUUCUGGGACUGGACAGUUACGAGUCUGUCAAAAAGACUUUUCUUGCGGCUAAGCAAGGACUCGGUGAGAUCCUAUCCUCGUGUGAAAUGAUUGAUGCUCCUUCGUUAGAGAGCAGUACUUAUCACUUUAAUCUACAAUCACCUAUCGAAAAAUAUCCAUUCUACAUGUUGAUUGAAACGUCCGGAAGCAACAUGAGCCAUGAUGAGGAAAAACUUAACAAUUUUCUAGAAAAUACAAUGGAAAAAAGAUUAGUUCUUGAUGGCACAGUUACCAAUGAGCCUACCAAAAUGAGAAAUAUCUGGAAACUCCGCGAACUGAUACCGGACAGCUUAAUUAACGACGGAUACUGUUUCAAGUACGACAUAUCGCUUCCGUUGGAUAACUUUUACGACAUCGUACUAGCGGUGCGGGAAAGAGUUGGACCACUGGCAACCAAGGUAACCGGUUAUGGUCACAUCGGCGACUCCAACCUUCAUCUCAAUGUGUCUUGUCCAAAGUACCGCGCCGAGAUUCACAAACUGCUGGAGCCGUAUGUCUACGAGUAUACAUCGAACGUUCGAGGCAGCGUUAGUGCCGAGCACGGAAUUGGAUUCCUUAAAACUAAAUAUCUCAAGUAUUCCAAACGGCCGGAAUCGUUAGCCUUGAUGAGCCAGAUGAAGCAGCUGAUGGAUCCGAAUGGGAUAUUGAAUCCGUACAAGGUGCUACCACAGGUUUGAGUUUAACCUUUUAUAUAUUAAGAUGGAAAAUACAAUAAAACGA